AUGGUUCAACAACUAAGUUUAUUCAGCUCCAUAGAUGACAAAUCCUACGACUUAUUCAUAGCAACAUUAACAACAUUAUCUGGAAACCCACCAAUUCUAUAUUCUAAAUUAUCAACGGUAUGGAUCCCAAACCCAUUGUAUCAAAUUGAAGGUGUGAAUUCCAAGAACCAACUGGUAGAAAAAAAUAGAAUCAAUGUAUCAAAGGAAUUACCUCUAGAAAUGUUGAAAGAGUUUUCCAAUACAUCUGAUAAUGCUACGAAAUAUAAUCAUGAAAUACUGAAAAAAUUACAGGAUGAUACUAUACCAAUAGAAUAUACAGAUUUACAAAAUAUGAUUAAUGAAAUUAAGUCAACAAGAAGUGAUGAUGAUGUAAUGGAUGUUGAUGGCGACGAUAUAAUUAAAUCAAAUAAAAAGAAUAAAUACGCCUGGUGUAUAAGUAUAUCUGAUAUUCCUGCAGCAGGCAAUAAUAGAAAAGUUUCUAUGCAAACUAUCAAUGAAUCCAUCUUACUAUCUCAUGUAGGGGUAGAUUCAAGCUUACAAAAGAUGAUGAAUGAACUUGGUUACAUCUACCAAUAUCAAUAUGUAACGAUAGGAGCCAGAUUUAAUUUGAAGCAUAACCUUAUUGUAGAGUUACAAAAAAUAUGGAGUAUAGGAGAAUCCUCAAAACAACAAAAAACGAAAGGUGGGCUUUUAGUCAAGGCCUUCAUCAAUAUCGACAAGGCUACCGAUAUCGAUAAAAUGAAUAUGACAGAGACCGUACUAUUAAAUUUACAAAAAGAGUUACAAGGAUAUGUUGAAUUAGCAGUACCAGAUAGAAAAUCUAUGGAUUCCAGAAUGGAUGUAGAUUAA